CUUGGUUGUGAUGCCGCUGGGAUGAUGGCUGCGUUUGGGAUCCUUAGUUACGAACAACGACCCCUAAAGCGGCCAAGACUCGGACCCCCGGACGUCUAUCCGCAAGACCCAAAGCAAAAAGAGGAUGAAUUGACUGCACUGAAUGUGAAGCAGGGGUUCAAUAAUCAACCAGCAGUAUCAGGCGAUGAACAUGGCAGUGCAAAGAAUGUCAAUUUCAACCCCUCCAAGAUUAGUUCAAAUUUCAGCAGCAUCAUUGCAGAGAAGCUGCGAUGCAACACAUUCCCAGACACGGGCAAGCGGAAGCCUCAGGUCAAUCAGAAGGACAAUUUUUGGCUGGUCACGGCCCGAUCACAGAGCUCCAUCAACAACUGGUUCACAGACCUGGCUGGAACCAAACCCCUCACAGCGCUGGCCAAGAAGGUCCCCAUCUUCAGUAAGAAGGAGGAGGUGUUCGGCUACUUGGCCAAGUACACGGUGCCGGUGAUGAGGGCGGCGUGGAUGAUCAAGAUGACCUGUGCCUACCACGCGGCCAUCACAGAGACGAAAGUCAAGAAGAGACACGUCAUCGACCCUUGUAUCGAGUGGACCCAGAUCAUCACUAAGUACCUGUGGGAGCAGCUCCAGAAGGUGGCCGAGUAUUACCGGCAGUCGCCCAACCAGCCGUCGUGCGGCUCCCCUCCCCCCGCGCCCCCCGCCGAGGUGGAGACGGCCAUGAAGCAGUGGGAGUACAACGAGAAGCUGGCCAUGUUCAUGUUCCAGGAUGGCAUGCUGGACAGACACGAGUUUCUGACGUGGGUCUUGGAGUGUUUCGAGAAGAUCAGACCUGGCGAAGACGAGCUGCUCAAACUCCUGCUGCCGCUGCUGCUUCAGUACUCGGGGGAGUUUGUGCAGUCGGCCUACCUGUCCCGGCGCCUGGCGUACUUCUGCACGCGCCGCCUCAACCUGCUGCUCAGCGACGGCAGCAUGGGCCCCGGCGCCGGAGGCCACCCCGCCCACGGCAUCUCCGUCUCGGGCCAGCCGGGCAACGCCCUGCCCCCCACGCCCACCUCCCAGCCCGCGGGGGGCACCCAGCCCCAGACGCCCUUCACGGACUUCUACAUCUGCCCCCAGCACCGGCCCGUGGUCUUUGGACUCAGCUGCAUGUUACAGAGCAUAGUGCUGUGCUGCCCCAGUGCCCUGGUGUGGCACUACUCUCUGACGGACAGCAGGAACAAGACGGGCUCCCCGCUGGACCUCCUCCACAUCGCCCCCUCCAACCUGCCCAUGCCCGGCGGCAACACCACCUUCACCCAACAGGUGCGAUCAAAACUACGGGAGAUCGAGGAGCAAGUCAAAGAGCGAGGGCAGGCCGUUGAGUUUCGAUGGUCUUUUGACAAGUGUCAAGAAACGACAGCAGGUUUUACGAUCGGUCGAGUGCUGCAUACCCUGGAGGUUCUGGACAACCACAGCUUUGAGAAGUCGGACUUCAGCAACUCCCUAGACUCCCUCUACAACCGCAUCUUUGGCUCCGGUCAGAGCAAAGACGGCCAUGAGAUGACCCCGGACGAUGACGCGGUGGUGACGCUGCUGUGCGAGUGGGCGGUGGUCAGCAAGCGCUCGGGCCGGCACCGGGCCAUGGUGGUGGCCAAGCUGCUGGAGAAGAGGCAGACGGAGAUCGAGGCGGAGCGCUGCGGGGAGUCGGAGGUGGUGGAUGAGAAGGGCUCGGUGUCCUCUGGCUCUCUGUCGGCUGCCACCAUGCCGGUCUUCCAGGACGUGCUGCUGCAGUUCCUGGACACGCAGGCCCCCAUCCUCACCGACCCAGGCAACGAGAGUGAGCGCGUGGAGUUCUCCAACCUGGUGCUGUUGUUCUGCGAGCUGAUUCGCCACGACGUCUUCUCGCACAACAUCUACAUGUGCACGCUGAUCUCCCGCGGCGACCUGGCCAGCGAGCACCACCUGCCCCGCCCCCGCUCCCCCAGCGACGAGCCCUCCGACGACUCUGAGCGCAAGGAGCAGGACGCCAACAGCAGCGUCAAGAUGGAGGACACUGGCUUGUCUGAGUCGAUGGAGAUCGAUCACAACUCUAGCGCAAAUUUUGAUGAGAUGUUCUCGCCUCCAAUGCACUGUGAGUCCAAGGGCAGCCCCUCCCCGGAGAAGCCUGCCCAGGACACGGAGAGUAAGAGCACUGCAAAGGACAAGGGCCUGGACCCUGCCUUCCCCCAGGUGUACGACCAGCCCAGACACAUCCAGUACGCCACGCACUUCCCCAUUCCACAGGAGGAGAGUGCGAGCCACGAGUGUAACCAGCGGCUGGUGGUUCUGUACGGCGUGGGCAAGCAGCGGGACGAGGCGCGCCACGCCAUCAAGAAGAUCACCAAAGACAUCCUGAAGGUGCUCAACCGCAAGAGCACCGCAGAGACCGGAGGGGAGGAAGGGCAGAAGAGGAAGAGGAGCAAGCCGGAGGCCUUCCCCACAGCUGAAGACAUCUUCUCCAAAUUCCAGCAUCUCUCACACUUUGACCAGCACCAGGUCACCUCCCAGGUGUCCAGGAACGUUCUGGAACAGAUCACCAGCUUUGCCUUAGGGAUGUCCUACCACCUCCCCUUGGUCCAGCACAUCCAGUUCAUCUUCGACCUCAUGGAGUACUCCCUCAACAUUAGUGGGCUCAUCGACUUCGCCAUCCAGCUGCUGAACGAGUUGAGCCUGGUGGAGGCGGAGCUGCUGCUGAAGUCGUCCAGCCUGGUGGGCAGCUACACCACGGGCCUGUGCCUCUGUAUCGUGGCCGUGCUCCGACGCUACCACUCCUGCCUCAUCCUCAACCCAGACCAGACCGCACAGGUCUUUGACGGGCUGCGCAUCGUAGUGAAGUCUGGCGUGAACCCAGCGGACUGCUCGUCAGCCGAGCGCUGCAUCCUGGCGUACCUGUACGACCUCUACACCUCCUGCAGCCACCUCAAGAGCAAGUUCGGGGAGAUCUUCAGCGAGUUCUGCUCCAAGGUGAAGAACUCCAUCUACUACAACAUCGACCCGUCGGACUCCAACAUGCUGUGGGACCAGACCUUCAUGAUCGACGCCAUCGCCAACCCCUCGGCCCACAACCUCAACCACUCCAUGGUGGGCCAGCUGCUCAACGACAGCGCCGCCAACCGCUACAGCUUCGUCUGCAACGUGCUCAUGGACGUCUGCGUGGACCACAGAGACCCAGAGAGGGUGAACGACAUCGGCAUCCUGUGUGCGGAGCUGACGGCCUACUGCAGCUCCCUGAGUGCUGAGUGGCUGGGCGUCCUCAAGGCCCUCUGCUGCUCAUCCAACAACGGCAACUGUGGCUUCAACGACCUGCUCUGCAACGUCGACGUGAGUGAUCUGUCCUUCCAUGACUCCCUGGCCACCUUCGUCGCCAUCCUCAUCGCCCGCCAGUGCCUCCUACUGGAGGACCUGGUACGCUGCGUGGCUAUCCCCUCUCUACUCAACGCAGCUUGCAGUGAGCAGGACUCUGAGCCCGGGGCUCGUCUCACCUGUCGGAUCCUGCUGCACCUCUUCAGAACGCCACAGCGCAACCCCUGCCCACAGGACGGCAAGACAGACAAGUCCUCUGUGGGGAUCCGCUCCUCGUGUGACAGGCAUCUCCUGGCCGCCUCUCAGAACAGCAUCGUGGUGGGAGCAGUCUUCGCCGUUCUCAAGGCCGUCUUCAUGCUGGGUGAUGCUGAGCUGAAGGGCUCGGGCUUCUCCCACCCGGCCGGCCUGGACGACAUCGGAGACGACGACAUGGGCUCCAAAAAGUCGGGCGGUCGGAACGUCUCCAUAGAAACGGCUAGCUUAGACGUCUACGCCAAGUACGUGCUGAAGAGCAUCUGCCAACAGGAGUGGGUGGGUGAGCGCUGCCUGAAGUCCCUGUCGGAGGACAGCAGUGCUCUGCAGGACCCGGUGCUGGUCAACAUCCAGGCCCAGCGCCUCCUGCAGCUCAUCUGCUACCCGCACCGCCAGCUCGACAGCGAGGAGGGAGACAACCCCCAGAGGCAGCGCAUCAAGCGCAUCCUCCAGAACAUGGACCAGUGGACCAUGCGACAGUCCUGCCUGGAGCUGCAGCUGAUGAUCAAGCAGAGCUCAAACAACGACCUCUACUCCCUGCUGGAGAACAUUGCCAAGGCAACCAUCGAGGUUUUCCAGAAGUCAGCGGAGAUGAACUCCAGUAACCUCUCAGGGAACGGCUCCUCAGCCGUGUCGGGCACCUCCGUCUCCAACAGCACCAACGCCAAACUCAAACCUGUGCUGAGUUCGUCGGAGCGUUCGGGCGUGUGGCUGGUGGCGCCGCUGAUCGCCAAGCUGCCCACCUCUGUGCAGGGCCACGUGCUGAAGGCGGCCGGGGAGGAGCUGGAGAAGGGCCAACACCUGGGCUCCUCCUCACGCAAGGAGCGCGACCGACAGAAGCAGAAGAGCAUGUCUCUGCUGAGCCAGCAGCCCUUCCUGUCGCUGGUGCUGACGUGCCUAAAGGGUCAGGAUGAGCAGCGAGAAGGCCUGCUCACCUCCCUCUACAGCCAGGUGCAACAGAUCGUCCAUAACUGGAGGGAAGAUCAGUACCAGGACGACUGCAAGGCUAAGCAGAUGAUGCACGAGGCCCUGAAGCUCAGGCUAAACCUGGUGGGCGGUAUGUUUGACACGGUGCAGCGCAGCACGCAGCAGACGACAGAGUGGGCGGUGCUCCUUCUAGACAUCAUCAGCAGCGGCACGGUGGACAUGCAGUCCAACAAUGAGUUGUUCACCACGGUGCUGGACAUGCUGAGCGUGCUGAUCAACGGCACGCUGGCUGCUGACAUGUCCAGCAUCUCUCAGGGCAGCAUGGAGGAGAACAAGAGGGCCUACAUGAACCUGGUCAAGAAACUCAGGAAGGAGCUGGGCGAUCGUCAGUCUGAGAGCCUGGAGAAGGUGCGUCAGCUGCUGCCGCUGCCCAAGCAGACGCGAGACGUCAUCACCUGCGAACCCCAGGGCUCCCUCAUAGACACCAAGGGAAACAAGAUCGCCGGCUUUGAGAAAGAGGGUCUGCAGGUGUCCACCAAGCAGAAGAUCUCCCCGUGGGACGUGUUCGAGGGCCUGAAGCACUCGGCGCCGCUCUCCUGGGGCUGGUUCGGCACGGUGCGCGUGGACCGCAAGGUCACCAAGUUCGAGGAGCAGCAGCGGCUCCUGCUGUACCACACGCACGUGAAGCCCAAGCCCCGCAGCUACUACCUGGAGCCCCUCAACCUGCCGCCCGAGGAGGAGGAGCCCCUCACGCCCAUACCGCCUGAGCCGGAGAAGAAGAUGGCAGAGGCAGUCAAGGCGGAGAAGAACGCGACAGGGGGCGCUCCUGGCACCACCGACACCAGCAAGAAGUCCAAGAAGAAGAAGAAGCCCUCGUCCUCCUCCAACACAGUAAAGGCCGAGGUGGGUCUGCACCGGCUGGCAGAUUCAGGCACUACCCCUCAAGACUACGCAGGUCGCAACCCGGCGGUGGUGUCGUACCCGGGAGGAAUGCCUCAGGACGUCAUGAUGAACCAGCAGAACCCCUACCGCAACAUGGGCGCCUACACCCAGCCCCAAAUGGGCAUCGCCUACGCCCAGAACCAGCCCCUGCCGCCAGGAGGCCCCGGCAUGGAGAACCCGUACCGGCCCCGCAACCCGACCAAGGUGAUGCAGACGCGGCCCAACUACCCCAUGGUGCAGAUCCCGGGCGGCGGCGCGGCCCUGGGGGGCAUGAUGGGCAUGAAGAACGAGCAGUUCCUCAACACCAACUACAAGCCGCAGCCGGCCAUCCCACAGAACCAGAUGCUCAGGCAUCAGCUCCAGGUCAGACUGAACCAGAUCCACAUGAGACCCGUCCACAACCAGCCGUACUCGCAGAUGCAGCCAACACAGGCCUACCAGAGCUACACUCACAUAACCGGCAUGCAGUCGCACCCGGCACAGCCCGGCGGCAUCGUCAACCAGUCGUACGGCAACCAGAACUUCCAGGGCGGGCACCCGGGCACCAACGCGGGCGUGGUGGACCCCCGGCAGAUGCCACAGCGGCCCAGCGGCUACGUGCACCAGCAGGCGCCGGGGGGGUACCCGCACCCCAUGCAGAACAUCCAGAGGUUCCCGGGGCACCAGGCCAUGCAGCAGUCCCAGCUGCAGAUGCAGGGUCUGGGGGGCCACAUGGGCGCGGCGCAGGGCGUGCACCCCAACAUGGCGGCCGCGCGCCAGAACCAGAUGCAGCUGGAGCAGCAGCAGGCCGUGGCGGCACAGGCACAAGCACAGCAGCAGCAACAGGUCCAGCAGGUGGCGCAGCAACAGCAGGUGCAACAGCAACAGGUGCAACAAGUCCAGCAGCAGCAGGCGCAGCAGCAGUACCUCAGACAGCAACAACAGGCACAAGCUCUCAGGGUGCAGCAGCAGCAGCAGCAGCAGCAACAACAGCAGCAACAGCAGCAGGUUCAACAGCAACAGCAAGUUCAACAGCAGCAGGUGCAGCAGCAGCAGCAGCAGGCGCAGGCUCAGCAAGUGCAGCCCCAGCAGGUGCAGCAGCAGCAGCAGCAACAGCAGGUGUCCGCACAGGGCCAGCAGCCGCCCGCACAGCAGGCCCAGAACCAGGCCCUCGGCAUGCAGCCACUGCCCCCACAGCAGCCCAUGUUUCCUCGGCAGGGUAUGCAACAGACUCAGCAGCAACAACAGACGGCAGCCCUGGUCAGACAGCUGCAGCAGCAACUCUCAAAUACGCAACCUGGACAGAACACCGGCACCUACUAUUGAGUGGAAGAUGGACUAUGUUAGUGUGUGUGUAUGUGUGUGUGUUAGCGUGUGUGUUAGCGUGUGUG